AUGCAAGGAUACGAAGAAGCAGAACCUACCGUUCGUAUAAGGGAGGUGAAGAAAGAUAGAGUCAACUUUGUAUUAGAGAAUGUGGAUCUUGCGUUUGCCAAUUCUGUACGGAGAGCAGUAAUGGCGGAUAUUCCAACAAUUGCAAUCGAUAUUGUUGAAAUAGAGGCGAAUACAACUGUUCUUCCCGACGAAUUCAUUGCACAUCGACUCGGGAUGGUACCUCUCGUUAGUGCUAAUUGUGAGGAAGGCAUACGGUAUACACGGGAUUGCACCUGUCUAUCCGGUUGUCAAUAUUGCUCAAUAGAACUCAGGCUGGAUGUCGCCUGUCAUGAGAACAGAACAAUGGAAGUUACCAGCAAUCAUUUGGAUGUUGUGGAUAGCCACACGUACGCAGACGAAGGUGAAGCAGGAGAAGAGCUCACGAAAAGAGGAGAAAAUUUUGGACAUCCGGUGGGGAAAGACGAUGUAUCUCUUCCACCUGUCCUGAUCUGUAAAAUGCGGAAAGGACAAGAGUUAAAACUCCGUUGUAUUGCUAAGAAGGGAAUCGCGAAGGAGCAUGCUAAGUGGUCACCCUGUUCCGCUGUAUCUUUUGAAUACGACCCGUACAACAAACUCCGGCACACGACGCAUUGGUUCGAAACGGAUGAACGUGCAGAAUGGCCACUUAGCGAAAAUGCAAAAGAGGAAGAGCCUCCGAGAGACGAUGAAGUCUUUGAUUUCAAUGCAAAACCUGGCAAAUUCUAUUUUGAAGUGGAAACCGAUGGGAGUUUGGGACCACAGGAGGCAGUUAUGAGGGGUCUAGCUGAGUUACAAACUAAGCUUGCUAACCUGAUCUUGGGCUUGAAAAGCCCACCAGAGCUGGACAUGCUUCCAGGAGGUGAUCAGGGCAUGGCACCCCCUAAUGGGCAUGUUGCACCAAGCGGUGGAGGGUGGGGCCAACCUGCAACCGGAGGUGGUUGGGCAAGUCCAACUGCAGGAGGAUGGGGUGAUGCCGCUGCUCCUACUAGUAAUGCCUGGGGAACUAGUCCCGCGAGUGGAAAUGCAUGGGGAGGUGGCACGAGCCCCAACUCAAAUAAUGCAUGGGGAGGGGCAAGCGCAGGAGGAGGCGGAGCAAGCCCUAAUGCAAACAACGCUUGGGGAACAUCAUCCACCCAACAGGGUUGGGCGAGUCCCACUCAGCAAACCAAUAGCUGGAUCCAUUGAUAUUGGUAUUAUCUGUGUGCAUUGCAAUAGAUUCAGACUCGUUUGUUGUUCUCCAUUCACUUUCAAUUCGAAUCCGUAUUUUGCCAGUGCAGUAAUCCAUAAUUUCGUGAACUUCAAUAUAUCCUUGA